GGCGCCGCUUCUACUCGGCUCAGUCCAGGCUCUGUUCGUACGUGUUGCUAGUUGUGUUUAUGAUUGAGAUUGAAGAAUUUUAAAAGUAAAUUAAAUUGAAAAUGUCGGCGUCACCAAUUGCAAGACAGGCCACUCAUAGCCAAGCGAUUCCGUCAAGGAAAGUUUUAAUUACCGAUCCAUCGCAGAUGCCUGAUGUUUAUUCCAGUACACCCGGAGGAACUAUUUACUCUACCACUCCUGGAGGCACCAGGAUUGUUUAUGAAAGGUCGUUUUUGAUGUCACUUCGACAGUCUCCGAUCUCACAAACACCGCCUAAGUGUAACUUACCGGCGGCGUUGCUAAGGAACCCAGGCUCACCGAAUACUCCUACAACACCAGUUCAGAAACCACGCUCUAAUUCCAUAUCCUUCGAUGAGUCGCAGGAAACUUUCAGUAUGGAUCUCUAAUAGCUUUAAUUAUUUUAUAAAACCACGCAUUCUGCUAAAUGCAAACCAGAAUGCUUGCAAACUAUCUUUUUAAAUAACCUUAACAGAUUAUAUAAGUGUAGGCUUUUGUAAUUUAUAUUAUGGUGUUACCAUAUUUUAAAAUUGUUUUAUAAAAUCUUAACAUAUAUGUCUGAAAUAAAAA